AUGUCCUACGCUGAGCAUGGACCGCGCAUCUUUUUGGCGGGCAGACCAGGCAAUGGCAUACAUUCGAUUUACGGGGAUUACGUCGCGCCGCAGAAACGAUCGGAGGGUCGCUUGAAGAUGUACGAGUCGUGCACGGACAUUCGAGCCUGGAGCCCGAACGUGCUGGAGAGCACGCGCUAUUUCCGCGAGCUCAGCGAACACGCAACAACCCCGGGAAAAGUGGUGCCGUUCGAUGUCGUGAUGGACAACAUGAUAGGACUUACUGCCCAAGCCCAGAAGGAGCUUCGCAUCACGCAGCAGGAGUUGCAAAAAUACAAAUCUCUGAAGCUCAGUCCGGAGCAACGAAAGCACUUGGAGGAUCUCGACAAGGCCAACGUCGAGCGAGACGUUCGGGCCGAGUAUAAGGAAGAAGCGAGGAUCGAGUCUGCUUUAAGACCGCUCCUGUCACAAGAAACCUUAUUGUUCCACCCGAGUAGACUCGUAUGCUCGCGACACCCCGACACGUAUCUGUCCAUGUAUCUGCGUCCUCACCGGCGAUUCCGCUACGACAGAGAAAUCUGCAACUCAUUGCUGACCAGUAUUCGCGUGUCAAGGGAGAAUCGCUUCACAAGCUCGUCGUCGGAAAACGAGACUUAUCUGGUGUCGCGCGUCACCUCUUGCGACCUUCUGAGCGAGCAGAGACCUACGCGAGAAUGUAACAAUCAGGCGAGUGUCUGUAUCGAGUACGUCGACGCGUCCUCCCAGGCGGCGCAAACGGUGUGCGAAGUGUGCGUGCAGACGGAUGAAUACCGGGACGCGAAUGUCCAGAUCGACGACUACGACGGGAGACAGGUGCAGCGCGACGUGGACUCGUGCUCGAGUCAAUACUACGGGAGUAGUGAGAGCGCCUCGACGUCCGAGCGCAAGUUAAGGUUGACCACGGAUCUGGAGAUCUGCGAGAGGAAUCACAAGCGGGUUAUCAUCCAGAAGGACUCUGAGAUCAUCGUGCUGAAGAACGAACUCGGUGUGAAGGAGGACGAGCUGGAGGAGCUGCACCACCGCCUGGAGAAAAGGAACGAGGACGCGAGGAUCUUGAAAUUCAAUUUCAACAUCGUGCGAAAGAAGUUGCAGAUGGUGAGCGACAAACGCAAGAGCGAGAUGGAUGAAUUAAGCGCGAAACUCUCCGCUUCGGAGUGUCUGGUGGAUCAGUUGAAAGCGGAGUUGGGUAGAAAAUGUCAAGUUUGUCACUUACAAUCGCAAGAGAUUCAGCAACUUCGGGAGCGACUUAAAAACGCGGAAUUACUUUCCAUGGAGAAUGAGUCACUCGCGAGGAAGGUGAAGGAAAUCGAAUGCCUGUCGAAAGAGGCGGAGAGCCGUGGCAUCGCUUUGGAGCAGGUGAAGUGCGUCUGGCGAGAACGGGACAUGCUUCAGGAGCAAUGUCGCGAGCAGAUCCGCACGCUGGCCGACCGAGAGGAUGAGAUGCGGCAAAUGCUGACGUUGAUAAAGCAAAUGUCCGUCAAGGACAACGCUCGGGAGACGUCUAAUAAUCCUAAAAUAAUUCUUAGAUCAAGCUUUUCACGGAAAAGUUGUAACCCAAAGUACACAGUGAUUGCUCGUGAACAGGUGGAGAUGAAUGAGAUGAAUGAUGCGGUGACCGACUUGAGAAAUGAGAUUCGGGCGAAAGACGACAAGAUCUCGCAGUACGAAAUGCAGCUGGGUUGCAUGGAGCGGCAAGUCAGUAAUUUGACUAGCAUGCUGAAAACUUGCCUGAAUAAUUUCGACGAGUCUAAGGUGGCGUACGAAAGCAUCUGCGAGCAUGCCAGAUGCGAGCACGACACUUGCCUAGACGUGCAGAGCGCACUGGUCGCCUUAGGAACGUUCUUAGCCGCGUUGAAGGAGGACAAACGUGAACGACACGAUCGUCUGCUGGAGAUAGAUAACUUAAGAGCGUGCUACAGUCGACAGACCGUAAGCGAAAUCGCAAACACGGAUUUUUAUACCGGACGUGAGAUAAUCCAGCCGCAAGCUGCAGUAGUGGAAGGAUUAAAGAGAGACGAUGAGAAUGUCUCGAGAGACGAUUUCGACGGAUUUUCCGCCCGCGUGCUGAUCGAUCUGAUUUAA